CAGCGCAUGCAAGCCAAGCUCUUCAGGGCGAAGGCCCCCACCGACGCCAACGGGGACACCGACGCCUCGCCGCCCCCGCCGACGCGCAGCGGCUCCGAGCCCUCGCUCACCAUCGAGAUCCCCAGGCCCAUGGCCCACGCGGACCCCCCGCCCAAGCUCCCCAAGGCCGCCCCCGACGGCUCGCCCAAGAGCGGCGAGCAGGUCGACCGCGAGGAGAAGCCGUACAGGACGCGGCUCGCGGAGAAGCUCGGCGCCGAGUAUCCCGGCGUGGAGAGGUACAGGCUGCAGCAGGACGGGAAGAAGGAGCGGCAUUGGAAGCGGUGGGGCCCGUAUUUGAGCGAUAGGCAGUGGGCUACUGUGCGCGAGGAUUACUCGCACAAUGGUGAUGCGUGGAGUCACUUUCCGCACGAGCACGCUCGGUCGCGGGCGUACAGAUGGGGAGAGGACGGUAUCGCUGGUAUCUCGGACAACCACCAGCGCCUCUGCUUCUCCCUCGCCCUGUGGAACGGCAAGGACCGCAUCCUAAAGGAGCGUCUCUUUGGUGUCACCGGCCACCAGGGCAACCACGGUGAGGACGUAAAGGAGCUGUACUACUACCUCGAUUCCUCCCCCACGCAUUCGUACAUGAAGUUCCUGUACAAGUAUCCCCAGAAGGAGUACCCGUACGAGGAGCUCGUGAGGGAGAACGUGAGCAGGGACAGGGAGGUCAGUGAGUUUGAGAUCCUCGACACUGACGCGUUCGACGAGGACCGCUAUUGGGACGUGUUUGUGGAGUAUGCGAAGGAUGAGGACGACCCUGAUGGCGUCUACAUCCGUAUUACCGCGUACAACCGCGGUCCCGAUCCCGCCACCCUCCAUAUUAUACCCCAACUCUUCUUCCCGAAUACCUGGUCAUGGCAUACCAACCCACCCCCGAAGCCAAUGCUCCGAGCCAAGGACGAGAACGUCAUUGUAGCGGUCCACCCUACGCUAGGGAAGCGCUAUCUAUACUGCCUCUCCUCGCCCCCGCCCGUGGGACCCAGUGGUACCCCUGCAGCGGACGGGGAAGCCGAGGCUGAAGAGCAGGAUUCAGUGGACCCCGAACUGCUGUUCACCGAGAACAACACGAACUACUUUAGGCUGUACGGAGGCGUGAACGAGGACAAAUAUGCCAAGGACGCCUUCCACGACCACAUCAUCCCCAGCCACCGACCGCAGCUGACGCCGGAGGGCGGGUACUUCAACACGAAGAUCCACACCCGGACGCCGUCCGGGAGCUCGGGCGCCAACGGGGUCGACGACGUCGAGGAGGAAGAGCAGGGCCCGCGCACGCCGUUCCCGAGCGACCCGUCGUUCGUCAACCCCGAGAAGAAGGGCACCAAGUCCGGCGCGCACUACGUCUUCGAGAACGUGCCCGGCAAGGGCGGGUGCGCGGUCGUGCGGCUGAAGCUGACGCCGCAGACGCCCGCGAAGGACCCGAGCAUCGAGGACGAGGGCCUGUUUGACGAUACGAUCGAGGAGCGCCGCGAGGAGACGAACGAGUUUUAUAAUGCGCUGGUGUUGGGUCCGAUCAGCGAUGAUCUGCGCCAGAUUAUGAGGCAGGCGUUUUCGGGGAUGCUGUGGACGAAGCAGUUUUAUCAGUUCAUACAGAAGGAGUGGAUUGAGGGCGAUCCUGCGCAGCCGCCGCCCCCGCCGGAGAGGAAGUAUGUGAGGAAUAGGGAGUGGAGGCAUUUGUAUAUCGCGGAUAUUUUGUCAAUGCCGGAUAAAUGGGAGUACCCGUUCUUUGCGGCUUGGGAUACUGCGUUUCAUUGUAUUCCUUUGGCUGUCGUCGACCCUGCGUUUGCAAAGUCUCAGCUUGAUCUGCUCACUCGGGAGUGGUACAUGAAGCCCGAUGGGCAGAUGCCUGCCUAUGAGUGGAACUUCUCCGACGUCAACCCACCUGUGCACGCCUGGGCGACAUUCCGCGUCUUCAAGAUCGAGCGCAAGCUGUAUGGGAAAGAGGAUCUGCAGUUCCUGGAGCGAGUGUUCCAGAAGCUCCUCAUCAACUUUACGUGGUGGGUGAACCGCAAGGACUGGGGCGGGAACGGUGUCUUUGAGGGUGGUUUCCUCGGGCUGGACAAUAUCGGGGUGUUCAAUCGGUCAGAGCCACUUCCUACCGGCGGUACCCUGCGCCAGGCGGAUGGGACUGCUUGGAUGGCUUUCUAUUGCUUGAACAUGUUGAACAUGGCGCUCGAGUUGGCCAAGCAUAACCCAGUUUAUGAAGAUAUUGCUUCCAAGUUCUUCGAGCAUUUCAUCUUCAUCGCAGACGCCAUGACGUUCCGCUCUGGCGAUAACCAGCUGAGCCUGUGGAAUGAGCAAGACGGCCUCUAUUACGACGCUAUCCAGUUCGAUGAGAACAACUCCAUGCAGCUCCCUGUGCGCAGCUUGGUCGGGUUGAUCCCGCUGUAUGCGACGCUCGUGUUGGAGCCGUCGCAGAUCAACCGGUUCCCGGGCUUCAAGAAGAGGAUGGAGUGGUUCAUUGAGAACAGGCCGGAGGCUGAGCGGAACAUGGCCAACAUUAGAGUGAAGGGCAGAGGCGAGCGAAGGUUGCUGGCGCUGUGCAGCAAGGAACGCUUGGUCAAGAUUUUGGAGAAGAUGUUGGAUGAGGACGAGUUCUUGAGUGAAUACGGUAUCCGAUCCUUAUCCAAGUUGCACAAAGAGCAUCCUUGGGGAAUGGAUGUCCACGGACAGCGGUACGAGGUCAACUACUGGCCGGGUGACUCGAAGUCGGGCAUGUUCGGAGGUAACUCGAACUGGAGGGGACCUAUUUGGCUGGCUGUCAACUUCCUCCUGAUCGAGAGUCUCCAGAGGUUCUACCAAUACUACGGCGACGAGCUACAGGUGGAAUGCCCGACCGGUAGUGGUGACUACAUGAACCUGGUCGGCGUUGCUGAAGAGAUCCAGCAUCGCAUCAUCCACAUCUUCGGGAGAGAUAUGGAAGGCCGGCGAGCGACGAACGGCGGCAACCCCAAGCUUGACCGGGACCCUCACUUCCGCGACUACGUCUGGUUCUAUGAGUUCUUCCAUGCAGAUGACGGCCGUGGUCUUGGAGCAUCUCAUCAGACUGGAUGGUCUGGUUUGGUUGCUUACCACAUCUUGCAAAGUGGUGCGAACUGUCGCUUGCCCAAGACACCCAAAACGCCACGGAGUCUUGCGCAUCACUACUUUGACGAACACAUCGAUCCGCAGUCAGCUUAUGCAGACGAUGAGACCAAGUCACUGUAUAGCGCUUACAGUGCAAAAAGCGCAAUCGACCUGACGACUUUGGGAGACAUAUCCCCGGAUGCGUUGUAGAAUUAUACAGGGAUAGAAGCGGGGGGUAUAAACGAUGGAAAAUGUGUUAGGGUGUAGAGGCUAUUGUUGUAGAGUCGUGUUUCAUUUUAGAAUAUACCGUGUAGCCUAGAUAAACGCAAUAGGGUUUCAUGCAGUCUGUUCCUCGAC